AUGAUUGAUAUCCAUACUAAUAUUAAGCGACUAAAAAGCCAUAUUCAGUUAGCAGAUUUGGAUAGUACCACCAAUAACGGCUGGAAAGAACUUAUACCGAUAGUGAAGAACAAUUCUAUUGAAGUUUCUAUUACUGACGACAAUUCUGGUCAUAAAAGUCACAAUCCGAACAAACGUUUAGUUAGGGACUUAAAAUCUCAAUAUUUAUCGAAUAACAUUCAAAUUUCGAGCUCACCAAUAGAAUAUAGGACUUGUAACGAUUGCGGAAGGCCUAUUUCGUACGCUGCCUUAAUUGACCACCUACAUAAUUACUGUGUGGGUAAGGAAAAGGGUGCAGGCAAAGGAACGACAAACUCGAAAAGUACUUCUCGUGAAAUGUCUCCCGUUAAAGUCAAGAAGAUGAAGCGAAGUAAUUCUAUUGAUCUGGAGUUAAGCCCAUCGAAGAAGCAACGCAAAUCUGCUAUUGCGGGAGUCAAGAAGCAGAGGAAAGUAAAACAAAGAAAUCCGACUGAACCACAUUUAGUAGAUCUAGAUAAACAAUGCGGAGUGGAAUUGCCUGACCGUGGAGUUUGUGGGAGAUCCUUAACCUGUAAGUCCCAUUCCAUGGGAUCCAAACGAGCUGUUCAAGGUCGAACUAAGCCGUUUGAUGUACUCCUUGCUGAAUAUCAAAAGAAGAAUCAUAUAAAAAACCCUGGCAAAGGCACACGCACGAAGGUUCAAAACUCCAACCCACAGCAGCAGCAUAUCCAGAAACAAAAGCAGCAGGAAAAAGAAGUGGAACAGAAUACACCUAUAAUAUCACCGGAAGAGGAAACAACCCAAGUAUUGAAUGGAGUUUCGCGAUCGUUUCCUUUGCCAUUGGAAUCAAACGUCUUAACAUCUGCUCAAACAAGAACCAAAUACUUCAGGAUGAGAGAAAUGUUGGCUUCAUCUUUCUCAGUGCGUCCUGGCUACAGUACCCCAGGAUAUGGCGCAAUACAUUCGAGGGUGGGAUGUAUAGACAUUGACAGAACUACUGACUACACCUUCCGCAUUCGUGUUCCACAGUUAAUCAACCAGACAUCAAUGCAGAAUUCGAGUCAACAGUUCCAAGCAAUGCAGCAAAGUAGACUGAAACAACAUCAGCCUCAACAAGUUACCCCCGGACAACAAGUACCUUCACAGAUGAUACAAAACUCUCAAAUAUCUCAAGCAUCAAUUCAACAACCCUCAAAAGUGCAACCGCACUCUCGUUCACAGCAAGAGCAAGCCUUCUCAUCUCAACAACAGCGGCUACUUGGUCAGAAAUCACCUACGAUGGGAUCCCUUACGGAUCAUAGUUCUGUGCCGCCGCACAUGCGCUUUGAUCUUAGCAGUGGGUCACAGAACCAGCAUGAAAAAACUAUGACACCUAAGGACAUACAAGGGCAGCAGUUCUUAAUGCAACAACAGCAAAGACUGCAACAAAGGAAGAAAUUAGAAGAUGCUAGCGUACAGCUAGAUAAUGCUUCAAGACUUAUGCAAGGUAGUCCAAUAAAUGGUACUACUGGAAACAUAGAUAGUGGUAGUAUCGGCUCUUCAGUAAAUGUAAACGGCCAAGGUAGAGUAAACAUCGGUUUAAUCAACGGGUUAGAGGGCGGAAUUAGUUAG